CAAAACGACUGCAGACAAAUCUUUCAUUUAUCUGCAGGACUUGUUACCUUAUUCAGUGCUUUGUGAACGCUCAACAUGUUUCUGAAUAAAUUGUAUUGUGUUAUUUGACUUGAUAGAAUUACUUUCAGUUCUUUACAACCAGUCAUUGCUGUUUCUCCUGUUUUAUUAAAAUGAUUCUCAUCGUCAGUUUGAGAAAACGGAAAACACAAAGUAAACUCCACCUCCAUGUUGAAAUCAGUUUAUUGCUCUAAGUGAGCCAUGUUGAGCACACGAUGAUGAACAUCAACGUGGUACUGGUUUUCCUCUUCACCUUCAGUUGGAUCACUAAGUCAGAUUUUGAGUUUCACUCAGUUCUGGUUCAGCCUGGUGAAGACGUCACUCUGCUGUGCCCCAACUUCACCAACGUUGUUGAACACAUAUUCUGGUACAAACUGAUUGAUGGACCCAACGUCAGCAGUAUCUCAUCAAUCAUUUAUCCUGGAUCUGUAGCUCGUCUUUAUGAUGAAUUUCAACGUGAGAAAUUCGACAUGAUGUCAAACAUCACAAACAUUUUUCUGAGCAUCAAACAAGUGAAUUUCUCAGAUUCUGGAGUUUAUAUCUGUGGAACCAAGUCACCAAGCUGUCUGAAAAUCUUCAGUGAAACAUAUUUACAAGUUGAAGAUUUUACAGGAGCCAAAUGUGGAUCAGACCCAAAAUCAGAGCAAGAUGGACUGGAUGGAUUCAUCAAACUGCUCACUGUGACUCUAGGAGGUUUAGUGAUUCUCCUUGCUGCCGUCAUCGUGGGCCUGGUUUGGAAAAUCAGGACUUUUCAUAACGCUCAGACCAACAAACAGCAUCGACAACAAAAUGAGAACCUGGACUCAAACGCUGAGAACUACGCUGCCCUGAAAUUCAGACCCAAAGCAAACAGCAACACCCAGCUUUCUGAAGUGAGAGAGACGGAGGCCAGUGUGCUGUACGCCGCCACCAGAUAGGACGACACAUAUUAUUUUGAUUUCCUCAAAAAUGACAAUUGUUUCAUUCCUGAAGGAUUUUAAUCAUUCUCUGUUUACAGAAGACCUUUGAUCUUAACAUAAAGUGUGUUUUAGUGGUUAGAAAGUAUAACUGAAUAAAUGAACUUCAGACUUUCCCACGUUAACAAGUAUAAAAAUGACUGGGGAAAAGAAGCAUUGAAAUAAACACAAUAUAUCUGUAUCAACAUUGGUAUUUCUUUUUACAUAUCUGUAUCAGCCUCAUAAGUAAAACAGGACAAAUAUUAAUAACUAAUGUUUAUUUCCAUUUUGCUGCUGGUUGUGUGAAGGUUUGGUUCUGUGGUCUGUUUUUAUAUGACAGUGAUGCAGCGACAAUGUGAUGUUUAACUGAAGUGGAGAAGCAAAGCAGGCAUUGUAGAUGUUUUUUAUACAAAGUCAUAUGAAAUAUGAUACUUGUAAAUAUUGGUAAAUACUGCAAUAACAGAAUAACAGCAGAAUUAAUAUUGGAUAUUAGUGUCAGGGUCUCUAAUAAUUACUCUAAUGUAGCUUAGAGAACAAAAAUUACACAAAAAUCUGAGAUUAUAUAUGAAGUCAUAGUUGAAAUUAAAAGUAUCAGUCUCACAAAGACACUAAAAAAAGUGUCUUUGUGACACUUGGAAGAUUGGAAAAGUGUUUUCCAAUCUUCAACUUUCUUCUUCAUUCUUCCUCAGUCAACAUAAUAAAUAAACUCUCAUUUUGCAAAGCUUUUUUUUUUUUUGAGUUUUUUUGUGUUCAUGCAGCCUGUAGAAUCUUUGGGACCUUUGUCACACACAGAAACACACACCAUCUUCGUGCGCAGAAAAUCCUGCCACCCACAUGAUGCCACUGGGACGGUUUGAAGGAUAUUUAUAGUCUGGUUUGUUCAUAAAGUUAUACUUACGCUUUGUAAAAAAAAUGAAAUAAAGUCUGUCGUGUUCAGUCUUCUGGUUCCCUGAAAAUCCUGACAUUUUCAUCAAUCUUUGAACGUCCACCGGACAGAACGUGAAAAGUGGACACGUCAGGAAAAAGAGGACAUUUGGUCACCCUACACAAGGCAGACAUAGUAAUAUUAACAUCAGCUCAGAGUCAAAAUAAUGCUUUAUUAUUAUUUCAUGUUAGCCUAACAUCUACUCAGUGGC